AUGCGUGAUGAGCCCAUUGAGCUCGAGGCCGUCAUUUCAUGUACCUCGGAUGGCUUGGUCGUAUGUCUACGCCGCGCUCGCCCCAUGCUCCCUGGAACGAUGCCGGUGGCCAAUUCGGCACAACAGUACAAUGGCAUCUAUGCGGCACCAUGGGCAACCCAGCCCGUAUUCCACCCAGCGCCACCACAGAUGCCUCAGUAUCCCCUGGGUGCUCACCAUCCGGCCAUGGCACAACAGGCGCCCCAAGUCUCACAGAUGCAGAAGACAUUUAUGCAGAGCAUUCGAGACGUCGCCGUCUUUGCUUGGGCGCUUACAGGCAUCAACGGCAGUCUUGUCGACUAUGCGCGAGGCAAGCCACUUGGAGAAUCCCAGCCGCCCACCGGCUUUCCGGUGUGGAAUCCCCUCCCAGAUCCGGCUUCGUUUGCCAAACAGAAUUCAGCCACGCCCUCAGGUUACGGCUCUGCGUCGGGCUCUAAUAGUUCCUCGAGCAAUGACCCAUUUGGCUUCGGCGAUCCAGGUCUUCGUUGA